GGCACAGGGCCAGCCCUGGGGCCGCCUGGGGACGGGUGCUCAUCUGGGACAUUCUGCCCCCCCGUGCCACCAGAGCCCCAGGGAUCCUCGGUGCCACCACCUGCCCCACGGUCUCGGUGCCAUGCAGAUCCUGAGGUGCCCAGCCCAGCUGCGGCUUCUGGAGGAGACCCUGCGGAAGAGCCUGCCCACCACCCUGCCGGUCCUGGGGACUGUGAUGACGGUGGCCCGGGGGAACCCGGCCGCCCACGAGGUGCUGGUGGACUCCUGGCCCGAUUUUGGCAUCGUCCUGACCCGCCUGCGCCCAGAGGAGCACAAGGACCCCAAGGAUCACUACACCAACCAGCUGUCCGUGUUCUACCGGGACAAGGGGGCCCUGCGGGCACUUCUGGGGGGCACCGAGGCGGUGGUCCAGGCACGAGCCUUCCAGAUACUGGGGCUGCAGGAGGGGCUGGAUGAGGCCGUGCGGGAAGCGGCCGGUGCCAAGGGGCUGCACGUGGAGACGAUCCGGUACCUGGGACUGAUGAGCCCUGAGCCCCCCCGACCCCGUGGGCAGUGAGUGAGGGCACCCAGGGUGCAGGGACACCAGGGUCACCGGGGGGUGUGGGGUCACCGGGGG